CUUUUUUUAUUUAUUAUUUUCCUACCUUUCUUCUGUACAUGUGUAUACUGUAGAGAGAGAGAAGCACCAACAGGCACCGAAAAACCAAAAAAGAGCAACAUGGUCAUUUUGUAGAGCAACCAUGAACAGCAAGAGCAAUCAAAGCUCCGAUAGAGAUGAAAAUCACUCAAAGAAAGAAAAUCCUAUCUCAACCCUUGAUUCAAGAUUCAACCAAACCCUCAGAAAUGUUCAAGGGUUGCUCAAAGGUCGUAGUAUGCCUGGUAAAGUAUUACUAACCAGGAGAUCAAACGUGCUAGAUCAUUCAAAAUUACAAGAACCCUCUCUCAAUUAUGGAAGGAGCUUCUCAUUCAAUGAUGCUGAUACAAGUGAUCACAUAGCCAAGGCGUUGGAGGAAGAAGUUGAAAGCCUAAGCAAUCCCAACAAUAAUGCAAAUUCAAAUAAGUUAAAAUCAUCAACUUCGAAUGUUGAGAAUCUUUCCAAGGGAGCUCAAAAAUCCAUCAUGGGAGCUAGAGCUACGGAUUCUACAAGAGUUAUGAAGUUCACAAAGGUCCUUUCAGGGACAACAGUCAUAUUAGAGAAGUUGCAUGAGUUGGCUUGGAGUGGGGUACCACCAUAUAUGCGGCCAGAUGUAUGGAGGCUUCUUUUGGGAUAUGCACCAUCUAAUUCAGAUAGAAGGGAGGGAGUUCUAAGAAGGAAACGCCUUGAGUAUCUUGACUGUGCUUCUCAGUACUAUGACAUUCCGGAUACUGAGCGUUCAGAAGAUGAGAUAAAUAUGCUUCGCCAGAUUGCUGUUGAUUGCCCAAGAACUGUGCCAGAUGUAUCUUUCUUUCAGCAAGAGCAAGUCCAAAAAUCCUUGGAGCGCAUCCUUUACACAUGGGCCAUUCGACAUCCUGCAAGUGGAUAUGUUCAGGGAAUAAAUGAUCUUGUUACUCCCUUUCUAGUUGUUUUCCUGUCCGAAUACUUAGAUGGGAGUGUGGAUAAUUGGUCGAUCUCCGAUUUGUCUCCUGAUAAAAUAUCUAAUAUAGAGGCUGAUUGCUAUUGGUGCCUAUCAAAUUUACUAGAAGGUAUGCAAGACCAUUACACUUUUGCUCAGCCGGGAAUCCAGAGGCUUGUGUUUAAGCUAAAGGAAGUGGUCAGGCGGAUUGAUGAACCUGUAUCCAGACACGUGGAGGAGCAAGGGCUGGAAUUUCUUCAAUUUGCUUUUCGGUGGUUCAACUGUCUUUUAAUACGCGAGAUUCCUUUCCAUCUCAUUUCUCGUCUGUGGGAUACCUAUCUUGCCGAAGGAGAUGCAUUGCCAGAUUUCCUUGUGUAUAUAUUUGCCAGUUUUCUUUUAACGUGGUCGGAUGAGCUUCUGAAGCUUGAUUUCCAAGAGUUGGUUAUGUUUCUUCAACACCUUCCUACUAAUAACUGGACUCACCAAGAGCUGGAGAUGGUGCUUUCAAGAGCUUUCAUGUGGCACAGUAUGUUCAAAAGCUCUCCUAGACAUUUGGCCAGCUAAAAAAGGAAUUUGUAAUAUUCAUUAUCUACCGUCAUCUCUGAAUUUUGUUUUUCUUUUUUCUAUUUAUACUUUUACGUUUUGUUGUUCUUGAUGUCGUUUACUACAAUUUUUUUUCUCAUAUGGUGGAGGCCCCUGGCACCUUGCCCAUAUUAUAUGUAUCAGGUGUCUCUAAUAUUUGUAUUUGCAAGCAUUUCUUUGUAGAUUUGCCUUUGAGCAAUGGAGGAAAAGGCAAAACAGACUUUGUAUUGAUUUGUUCUUACUUCAUUGAACGGAACCGUAAU